GAGUCGUGAGUCGCCCGUCGUGCAGUUAGGACACCGCUGCGCUGCGCCGCUCAGCCACGCAUACAGGACGUGACCAGGCAGUGUAGAAUGACGAAGGAGGAAGGGUGACCUGCAUAAAAAGUGUUUUGGUAUAACACUCCCUUUACAGCUGAUUUACGCACUGCAAAGAGCAUACCACAAAGAAACAAGAACUGUUGAACGGAUGCAGCAAGGAAGCUCUUAUUAAAACACAGGAUGUCAGGGUGUGUCCCCGUCUGCACGUCAAGAGAAGUUCGGAGCCUAUUUUUGGUAACUAUCCUCCUCUUGACAGUAUUCCUCUGGCUUCACUUUAUUCUCAUUCGUAAGCCACCUAUAAAUAAUGUCUCGCAUACACUCAACCUUAGUACCGUUGAGAAAACGAUUCAAGCGCGGCAAAUACACUUUCCUCAGAGACGAUCACCUUAUCUCACAAGCGGGGUGAGCCAAAAUCAUCUAGCACAAGAUCCUAAGAAACCACUGCUUGUUCUUCACUGGACAGAGCAGCCUGGCUUCUACUUCCAUGUGAACAACUCGUCAUUUUCCGGCUGCCCGGUCAGCAGCUGUUCAGCCACCUCAGAUCGUAAGCUACUGUCGAUUGCUGACGCAGUUGUCAUCCAUGGACACAGAAUAAAUAUGAGCAAUCUACCUAGCCGGAAACGGCCACACAAGCCCUAUGUGCUAGUCUGGCGCGAGGCUCCGCCGCAGACUCCGUCGCGCCUCCCGCUCCGGAAACUGGACGGCUACUUUGACCUGAUGAUGGCGUACACGAGGGACGCGGACGUGCUGUUUCCAUAUGGACUGACGGGUGAAGGCAAGCAGACGGAAAAGGUUCCGCCUUUCAACGCCAGUCGCGGGGUGCGGCCAGUGGCCUGGAUGGUGUCCCACUGUAAAACCGUGUGUAAAAGGGAGCAGUACGUCGCCCAGCUACGCCACCACAUCGCAGUGGACACAUUCGGCAAGUGCGGGGAGCGGCGGUGUCCCGAGCACAUAACCGACUGCUACCGGCACCUGGCCGAGACGCACCUCUUCUACCUGUCCUUCGAGAACUCCCUCUGCGACGACUACAUCACAGAGAAGUUCUGGCUGGCGCUGCAGGCCGGCAUGGUGCCAGUGGUACGCGGUCCGUCGCCGCAGUCCUACCACCGCGUGGCACCGCCCAACUCCUUCAUCCACGUGGAGGAGUUCGCCGGGCCCAAGGCUCUGGCCGCCCAUCUGCUGGCGCUGUCUCGUAACCAGACGGCAUAUGAGGAGUAUCAUGCAUGGCGUAGCUCGCACAAGUUGCAGUAUCCCCGCCCCAUGUGUAAUCUGUGCCACCGGCUGCAUUACGGUGAUCGGCAGAAGCAACUGCACUUGUCGAAACUUUGGUCCGUGGCGGACCUGUGUCACGAACCUCGCGACCUUGACGAGGAAAGUUCAUCUUGACUCAGGCUAAAUAUGUGGGGACACUUGAAUGACAUUACUGAAAUAUGUACAGUUUGGUGCAUAAGAAUGGAGAUAGCGUGCGUUAAAGGGCCAUAGUCAUUAAAUGCCUAUGAAGAGAUGGGGGGGGGGGGGUAUCCUAUCAUCAUGACUAGAUCAGUAGGUAUAUACUUGAGGGGAUCAAAUGCUACGCAUAUGGUUCACUUCAAACUCAAUUUUAGAUAUUAUGCCCGGCCUUAGGUUAGUGACGCGGAGAGACCAAGCGGUUGUCUCUUCAGUCACGUCUUCAUCCGCUGUUGAUCGAUGACAUUGAUUCACGUGUUGCGCUAUCCGUCAUGCGUUAGUACGUUGCAAUUACAAUCGAACGAAGUAGUUGUCAUGGAGCAGGACAUCGGUCUGAAAGCGACUGCCUUCAUCGCCUAGCAGGUUCCUCCUGAUUCCUAAGUAUUACAAAUAGAGAGAUGAAAGAUGAUGUACGUACCUGACCUUUGAUUGAAGCAUGAUAAAAAAAACAGCAAUGCAGUGUCAUUCCUCAGGGGCGAGGCCAAACUGUUCUGUUUGAGAAGAUUUCAACAGGAUGGUUACAACCAAGGAGAAGGCAAUGAAACUUCGCGCUCCGGCGCUCGGGAUAUCUAAAAUCUGUGUCUAAAAUAUUCGUCAGAGGAGGAGGGAGAGGGGGGGGGGCGUAAAAGGCCCCCGCGCAGAUUCAUCCAAAGGGACGCGUCGGGUCUUUGUUAUUC